ACUCGCUCGCUCCCCCCGCCAGCGGAAGCGCCCGCGGAGCACAAUGCAGCACUGAGGCAGCGCCGCGGCGGAGGCUGCAGCGCCACGGCCACCGCAGCACCGGCCGGGGCUGGGAGGGGGCGGCCGAAGCGAGCCGGGGGGCUCGGGCCGAGGGAGCCGGACCCGGCGGCCCGGGCAUGCGGAGCUGAGCGUCUCGAACGAGGCGGGCUGACGGCAGCACCAUGCAGACGGCGGCGGCUGCGUCGGUGCCCUUCUUGUUGCUCUGCGCCCUGGGGACCUGCCCCCCGGCGCGCUGCGACCGGGCAGGAGACGCUUCGUUGACGGAGCUGGAGAGGAGGAACGAAAACCGCUUCCUGGAGCGCCAGAGCAUCGUGCCACUCCGGCUUCUCUACCGCUCCGGCGGCGAAGACGAAACUGGACACGACGCGCUCGACACGCGGGUGCGGGGCCACCCCGGCGGCGGGCAGUUGACUCAUGUUGACCAGGCAAGCUUCCAGGUUGAUGCCUUUGGAACAUCCUUUAUUCUUGACGUCGUGCUAAACCACGAUUUGCUGUCCUCUGAGUACAUAGAGAGAUACGUCGAACAUGGGAAGACGGUGGAAGUUAAAGGAGGAGAACACUGCUACUACCAGGGCCACAUCCGAGGAAACCCUGCCUCAUUUGUUGCAUUAUCCACAUGCCAUGGGCUUCAUGGGAUGUUCUAUGAUGGGAACCACACCUAUCUCAUUGAACCAGAAGAAAAUGACACCUCCCAAGAGGAUUUCCAUUUUCAUUCGGUUUACAAGUCCAGACUUUCUGAAUUUCCCUUGGAUGAUCUUCCAUCCGAAUUUCAACAAGUACACAUCACUCCACCAAAAUUUAUUUUGAAGCCAAGACCAAAAAGAAGUAAACGGCAGCUUCGUCGACAUCCUCGUAACGUAGAGGAGGAGACCAAAUAUAUUGAGCUGAUGAUUGUCAACGAUCAUCUCAUGUUUAAAAAACAUCGGCUUUCAGUUGUACAUACCAAUACAUAUGCGAAAUCUGUGGUGAACAUGGCGGAUUUAAUAUAUAAAGACCAACUGAAGACAAGGAUAGUAUUGGUUGCCAUGGAAACCUGGGCAGCUGACAACAAGUUCGCCAUAUCUGAAAAUCCAUUGAUCACCCUACGUGAGUUUAUGAAAUACAGGAGGGAUUUUAUCAAAGAGAAGAGUGAUGCAGUUCACCUUUUUUCGGGAAGUCAAUUUGAGAGUAGCCGGAGCGGGGCAGCUUAUAUUGGUGGGAUUUGCUCGUUGCUGAAAGGAGGAGGCGUGAAUGAAUUUGGGAAAACUGAUUUAAUGGCAGUUACACUCGCCCAGUCAUUAGCCCAUAAUAUUGGUAUUAUCUCAGACAAAAGAAAGUUAGCAAGUGGUGAGUGUAAAUGUGAGGACACAUGGUCUGGAUGCAUAAUGGGAGACACUGGGUAUUAUCUUCCUAAGAAGUUUACUCAGUGUAAUAUUGAAGAGUAUCAUGACUUUCUGAAUAGUGGGGGUGGUGCCUGCCUUUUCAACAAACCUUCUAAGCUUCUGGAUCCUCCUGAAUGUGGCAAUGGCUUCAUUGAAACUGGAGAGGAGUGUGACUGUGGGACCCCAGCAGAGUGUGUCCUUGAAGGAGCAGAGUGUUGUAAGAAAUGCACCUUGACUCAAGACUCUCAAUGCAGUGAUGGUCUUUGUUGUAAGAAGUGCAAGUUUCAGCCCAUGGGGACCGUAUGCCGAGAAGCAGUCAACGAUUGCGAUAUUCACGAAACAUGCUCAGGAAAUUCAAGCCAGUGUGCCCCAAAUAUUCAUAAAAUGGAUGGAUAUUCAUGUGAUGGUAUUCAGGGGAUUUGCUUUGGAGGAAGAUGUAAAACCAGGGAUAGGCAAUGCAAAUACAUCUGGGGGCAAAAGGUGAUGGCAUCGGACAAAUAUUGCUAUGAGAAACUGAAUAUCGAAGGGACCGAGAAGGGUAACUGUGGGAAAGACAAAGACACGUGGAUACAGUGCAACAAACGGGAUGUGCUUUGUGGUUACCUUUUAUGCACCAAUAUUGGUAAUAUCCCCAGGCUUGGAGAACUUGAUGGUGAAAUCACAUCAACUUUGGUUGUGCAGCAGGGGAGGACGUUAAACUGCAGUGGUGGGCAUGUGAAGCUUGAAGAAGAUGUAGAUCUUGGCUAUGUGGAAGAUGGGACACCUUGUGGUCCCCAAAUGAUGUGCUUAGAGCACAGGUGUCUUCCUGUGGCUUCCUUCAACUUUAGUACUUGCUUAAGCAGUAAAGAAGGCACUGUUUGUUCAGGAAAUGGAGUUUGCAGUAACGAGCUCAAAUGUGUUUGUAACAGACACUGGAUAGGUGCCGACUGCAGCACAUACUUCCCUCACAAUGAUGACGCAAAGACUGGCAUAACUCUGGCUGGCAAUGGUGUCGCUGGUACCAAUAUCAUAAUAGGCAUAAUCGCUGGCACCAUCUUAGUGCUGGCCCUCAUAUUAGGAAUAACUGCCUGGGGUUAUAAAAAUUAUCGAGAACAGAGACAGUUACCCCAGGGAGAUUAUGUAAAAAAGCCUGGAGAUGGCGACUCUUUUUAUAGCGACAUUCCUCCCGGAGUCAGCACAAACUCAGCAUCUAGUUCUAAGAAGAGGUCGAAUGGGCUUUCUCAUUCUUGGAGUGAAAGGAUUCCGGACACAAAACAUAUUUCAGACAUCUGUGAAAACGGACGGCCUCGAAGUAACUCUUGGCAAGGUAACCUGGGAGGCAACAGAAAGAAAAUCAGAGGCAAACGAUUUAGACCUCGGUCUAAUUCAACUGAGAGGGAGCCCCAAGCACCUGAGCCUGGGCACUCCCUCGCCCAGACAGUCCCAUCCCAAGGCAUAAGCCCAGGGGGCUCUGACAGCCCCCAGACAGGGAGUCUGGAUCACAGCUCUCAAGAUGGCCAACGUCAGGAAGACAGGACUCUGUCUCCUGCCAAGUCUCCCUCUUCAUCAACUGGGUCUAUUGCCUCCAGCAGAAAAUACCCAUACCCAAUGCCUCCACUUCCUGAUGAAGAGAAGAAAGUGAACCGACAAAGUGCCAGGAAACCCAGCCUCACGGAAUCACUGCAAAUCUAUCUGCUCUUCAGACAAUAUAAGGACCCUCUGAGAUGCCCCAGAGGAGAGGAAGCCGAGUCUCACAUCUGGAUGCCAUUUUCUUUUUGUCAUUGGCUUAGGAUCUAACUGAACCAUGAAAAGAACUACUGAAAUGUUACACUAUAACAUGGGAACAGUAAAGGUACUGGUAUGCUCAUGGAUAAUCCGCAUGACAGAUAUAUGUAGAAAUAUCACUAAAAUUAACUCACAUGACCCAAAUGUAGCAAGUUUCCUAAGGGACAAUAGUGGAUUCAGAACUGACAUUCUGAAGCACAUCCUCAUUAUAGACAGUAAUGCUAUGUGCAUGAAGCUUCUGUUUAUUGCAAUUUCCACAUUUAAGGAAACAACAUCCCAUAAUAGAAACUAGCAUGCAGGGCUAAGGCAUCUAGGAUUUGUCUGCAGGACUUUAAAGCUUUGAGAGGCCAAUAUCCCAUAUGCUGACUCUAAACCUGUAUCUUUAUUUUUUGUUUUGUUUUUUACUUUUCAUAUUUAUAUCAGCAUACAAGGACAAUUGUACAUAUGUAAACAUUUUUAAAAUAAAAAAAAAAGCAGCUGUUACACACAAGUGUAUUUUGCCAAAUGCCUAAAAAUAGUCACAGUCCCAUCAUCAUCAUCCAUGAGAUGGUCUCUAAAGAUGAUAAGCAGAUGAUGUUGUAAAUAUAGUGGUCAGUGCUGUAAAUGUGUCUCUCCAUCUUUGGUAUUCAUCCGAACCACAGGAUAUCCCUUUAAACUGUGCACAGUCUGGAGGCAGUUUUAGUGAGUAAUUAAUUGAACCAGAGAACAAAAUGCCCAGCAAAACUUGGGGCCUCCACAGCUGGCUGGGGCAGGAGUUGAGGAGUGCAGCUGCUCUCUGGCCUGCCUCCAGGCCCUCCGAUGCUGCUGGCCGCUCCCUGGGACUCCUCCAGCCUGCCCGUUCUCCUGGGGGCUACAGUGCCUGCCUCGGCAGCUGUUAGCUUUCAGUAGCAGUGCGAGCCCCUCAGCAGCACAUCGUGCUGAGAUGAAGCCAGUGCACCAAAGACACAUGAGACCAUGGGCCGCUGAUUCACUGGUAGCUUCCAGCUUGCCAAUACUCCAACCCUUUGUGGCCUAAAUUUUUGUUCUUGGACAAAACCUUGUAGCCACCCUUGCCUGUUAAAUGAAUGACUUGUUUUAGUACAACCAACUUUUACACUGUUUAUUAGGGAGAUUUAUCAUCAGGAUGUGAGUCCAACAGGUGCUUCCACCCUGACGUGGAAGCAGAAUGGUGGAGGACUCUCCCGGCGGGGCUGGGAAGCCUCACCGGGCCACACAGGGUUCAAAGCGACCUAAAGCCACAAGUGUGUGGCAGCUGUGAAGGUACCCAAACAGCUGGCAGGGAAAAGAAUCUGAGGUUGUGAACUCUUAUUUUUUUAAUCCAUAGAAAAGUGAGAAAUCUACGUUCAAGUCCCUUCUUUAAAACCGAAGUUCGAUAAACUGUUAAAAUGCGGCUCUGUCAUUCUAAAAGAAAACUUCCCUGGGGAGGCUACUGUAGUGAACUCAGAAAUUGAUGGGACCAGUCAGAUGCUUUGAUGUGAAGAGUACUUCUGAAUUUCCUCACUUUCUCUCCUUUUUCUUGAGAGGAAUGGAAUCUGUAGACAAGGUUUCAGAAAUGCCCUCUAAAUUUGAUCUCUCCCAGUCAUGUCCAUGGUCAAAAUCCAUAUCGUCUCCACAUGUAGUCAUCUUAGAUGCCCAAACUGAAGGGCCAUGGUAGAGGCAGUGUUUUAUAUUCUGUGUAUUUAUGUCUUCUGUAAUGGACCUCUCUUCUGAAAGUCUUUAAAAAUGUUUGACAAGCAAUUUAAUCAUUCAAAACUAUAAGGUGUAAACAGCAUUUUUCAUGACAGGAAGGGAUGUGAUCGUUGAUUCAUCAUAAUAUGAUCCAUCAGAUUAAGAUUUGGGUGAGUGUUGGGUGACCAUGUCACAUAGCUCAAGUGAAGGACAGGAGGGCAGACAGAUUUGAAUAUGUAGCAAAUAAAGUGGCUUUUGACAAAGAUCACUUUAAUGUGCACUGAAUGUUUUCUGGUAUUGAGUGUAUAAAAUGCUAAUGUUAUAAGGUUUAUUUUGACUAUAAAAGAGUUUAUAGAUUUGAAUGUAAGGUACCUUGUGUAAAUAUGCUUCUUAGUUAUGGUUAAACAAACCCUCAUUUGAAAGAAUUCACAAAUGGUAAGCUACUUGUCCACAGAUCCCCUCCCCCCCUUUCCUUGCUUUCUCAAUUACUUUUACAUGAAAAUUAUUAUUCUAAGUGAAAACCAUUGUUACAUGCCUUUUGGGAGACAUGGAUGUUUACAGUCAUCCUACUUGAUCAUAACCUUCAUAUGGAACUGAAUGAAAAGCAUUUGUUUUAUUUGCAGAGAGAUUAUGAUUUUACAGUAGCUUUAAUGUUCUGGGUAUCUAAGAAUGUUUGAACAUUCUUACAGCCAUUUGCAGAAUUCUUUGACAAGUUCGUAAUCUCAAUGGGUAGUUUUGAGAAGUACUUCCAUGUGUAGUCACGGUUGGUAUUUAGAUGUAUUAAAUCUAAAUAUUUGUGACUUUUCAUCCCCUGAGGCAGGGAAAAUGGACCUAUGGCACUCAACAGAAGCACAGCAUUGUUAUUUUUUUAAUAACUAUUUUGGAGAGGAACUUUGAGGUCACCAUAGCAGUUUGUAUCAUGCAACUAAUAUUUAUAGCCCCCAGACAACUAUAGGACCAUUCUACUAAGCAGAGGAGAGCGGUUAUUUGGCCUUUCUGUUCCAUUGUAUGCCUUUUACUUCUCUUUCUAAAGUGUGCGUAGAUAAAACUUCACAUUGACAACCCGCUGCCUGAGAUGUUCCGUUUGUCCAUAGACAUUGCUGUAGAGCAAACUCUGAUUUAAAGAAACACUGAAAGUUCUUUAUUAAGAAUGCCAACAAGGGGCUGGGGGAGGGGGAGCAGAGGGAGCCCCUCAAGGAACAGACGGGUCAGACUGACUGGUCUGUGACCAGCCGACUCUUUCUGAAGUCAGGAAGUGGGAGACUCCAGAGGAAGGUGGAAGGUUGAUCCCCGGGUCACCCACAAAUCUGUGGAAAGGAAUAAACUCAAACAGUGUGGCACAGCGAGAGUUUUCAAUGUAGUGUCGUUGCUCUAUAUUUUAAAGAAACCCAGUGCUGUUCCUUAAAAAAAAUAAAAAUAAAGUAAAUGUAGGGUUAAAAUGCCAAACAUACUUUUUAGUUUGAGACGGCGCUUUAUGAAGUGAUCCCGCAGUUUCUCUCGUUUUCCCCUUGCUUUAAAAAGGCUUUUAAAAUUGUCUUUAUAUGUAAGGUCAGUCUGGUGUAGAUUUCUGAACAUAAGAUUGAUAGGGUUUCUAAAAGAAGUUGCUGAUAAAAUUAGAACUUUUGUCCACUUCCAGAAGAGGACUAUUUAUAUUUGAGUUUCAUAACAGCCUUACAUUUCUUUUUUUGUUUUUCUUCUGUUGAUUCCCUUGCAGAUUUGCAUAAUUUAAUCCUGUCCAGUGUCCAAGAUCUCUUGUGGCUACUUGACCUUUUGCUUUUUUAGAUUUUGUUCUUUAAUUUUUGUAAUUACCUGAGGGCCAGAGGAAACACGGUAUUUUUACUCACUUUAUUUGUUUCAUCCAUUCUUCAUUUCCUGUUGUCAUGUAGUUCUAUUUUAACUUAUAUAGUUAGCAUUUUAAAUAUUUCCUUGUGUUAUUCAACAUGAUAAUAAAUCCUUACUUAAAGAGAAGACAAUUUUACUUUAUUCUACUUAAACGUAAAGGGAGGGUAGUUCAUUGGAAGGAUGCUGAGUGGCUGGCAGAGUAUGUGGGAAGGGGGAACAGAGGUGUCAUCGCAUGAAGGGAGUGAAGGAAUGACGGGUGGCCAGCGGGUUGCGGCCACAGCCUGGCGAGGCCACCACUGCCAGCUGCUGCCAAGGGCGCCCGCACGGGCAGCAUAUUAUAAAUGCCACCCUACAGUGGGUAAGUUCCCAUCAGUUUUCCAAGAAAUGCUCUGACUUCCGUUGGUGGCGUAACGUCUACGUUUCAGGGUCCUAAUGCUCUUUUUCCUUUCACUGCCUUGGUUUUCCUCUAAAACUGUCACCCAUGUUUUUGUUGUUGUUCAACGGAGUCAAGGUGAAUUUCUCAUUCUAGUAGCUUAAAUCUAUAUAGGAAGCAAACAUCUCUAUGGAAUAGGCCUUAAGUUGAGGCUCAGUUUUUUUUCCUUUUUCCUUCAGUUAUUUUCUGAAUGGAAAACUCUACUCUGAUUUUGGAUGCAGUAACUUUCCUCCUGAUAUGGGAGCGCUAAGAACUUUCAUAAACAGCUUCCCCUGUGUAUUUGGCUUGUGAGGAGCCCAGACCACUCUUGUGAAUCAGCUAAGAGACAGCAGCCCAUCAUCUGGGGGUGUGCGUGCACACGCAGCCACACCUGCUGGAACCGUGCACGCUCAUAGUGUAUGCUGUGCGGGCAGGUGCUUUUAAUUCUGAGAGGAGCUUUCCCACCACACCUGCAGAUGUGACGCAAAAUGCAUUCGGACUUUAGAAAUCAGGGCAUAAUAUUUCUGUUCACAUUUUAUUCAUGGCUUUGUCAGAGCCCCCAGAAUGGAGCACCAUCUGGUUCAGCUUAUAAGUAGAAAAACAAAACAUUCAGAAACAAAAACCUACCUAGUAGUUUUGUCCUUUAUAUCCAGGGCCUGACGAGGAGUAAGCAUUCUCUCUAUGGAAUUUGAGAGAUGCUUCCAGACCCUUCCUACUUCCCAAGUUGCUCCCUUCCAAUAGCUUGUCAGCCCUUUUCGCCUGACUAGGAACUGUCACUGUCAUGGAGGUAAGUCCUUUUUUUCUUUUUUUGGCUAAAUUGGCACUGGGGAGAACCACAGGGGUGCAGAAUAGAGGGGAGAGAGGCACCUUUCGUCUCCUCCCUUUGGCAGCUGGGCAUGGAUUAUGCAACUUCAGAAGUCACUGAGGGAUUGGUCCUCAGGUGUGUUUCAGGAUGGCAUGGGGAUAGAAAGCAAGCCUUGGGAGGUCAUGGGGCAUUUAGUCCUGGCGUAGGAGCAGAGUGGAGAUGCACAUGAACUCAGAAGCCAGGUGUGCAGAAGGUGGUCACGGGGUGUGGUGGAGACAGAGGGGCUACUUGAGUGCCUACAAUAGACCCGUAAGCUUGGCAGUUUUACUGAGUGGUUGGCCCUAUAAAUACUAAAUGGGCCAGUCCAGGGUGGGCCAGUCAUUCCUUUCUGGUGUGUUCCUGCUGCAUUUUUCAUAAAACCUGUAUUGUACUGAGAGGUGCUUCCAGGCUGGCAGAGUUUUGCUCCAGGGCAUCAUUAUUUCAUGUUUUUAGGUAUCUUUGAAAUCAAAACCAGGGAAAAUAUAGGGUAUUUUUGUUUUUUUACAAAAAGGCAUACAAUGAGACAAGUGAUCUUAAGAUAACGCACUUAGAAAAUCAUCAAUAAAGUUUUCAAAGAGUUUUAUGAAAAAAAGGACAUUUUCCCCUCAAGUUUCAGAGGUGGAUUUUUGUGCUUUAAUGUUCAAGUUCUAAAAUAAUGCGAAUAGCCCCCAGAUCUUUAAACACAGCGGUGCUAAGUUAUACCAGAUAACACAUUACGGAAAGUGCUGAUAUGAAUUAAUAAUUUAUUCAGUAAUAAUUCAAGAGUUCUUGGUAAAUUAUACAUGUAUAUCACUGCCUGAUUAGAAACCCCACUUUUCUUUUCUAAUCUAGCACAAUAUCUGUGAUUCUACAGCCGGUCUUUUUAAUGGGCAAAAACGACCCAAAACCUUUGUUUUGUAUGAAAAACUUUUUUUUUUUAAACGCUAACUUCAAAAGUGCUUAACAAAAGGUUUAUUCAGGAUAACUAAGCAUGUAUGUCCUUUUGUGACCUGCUGGAAGAGAUGUGCCCCUCCAAUCUAGCAUCUGCAAAAGACAACUUCUUUUAGAAACUGGGCAUUGCACCUAAACAUAGCAGUUUAUAGGUUAGCGAAGGUAGGUCUGUGCUAGUGUUUCCCACAACCAUCAUCUCUAAGGGGUGAUGUCCAUCUACAUACUGUGGAAGCCACUUUGUGGGGAAGUGUUAAUAGCAGCAUGAUUUCACUUUUGGUAACCAGGUGAUCCUGUGUAUAUACUUAAGAUUGGCUUCAUUUUAAUAUAUUUUCUCUGCUCCUCUGCACUUCAGGUUCUUAAGCUAUUUUAAAAGUAACUGGGUUUUGGCAAUCACCAACUGAAAUGUAUAUGGCGACUGCUUUCCUGAGCAAGCGUGACGUGUUUUAUGGCUGUUCAAGUUAUCAAGUUGUUCUUAUGUUGUAGGUAAACAAAAUCUUACUGUUUUUAAAGGUCACUGUAACUUGUUCAAAUUUCUGGCACAAUUUUAUUAGUAAUUCACUUCUGAAGCUAAAAAGAUACCACAGUUUUCUAUGUUACUGUCAUUGUAACAUCAAUAAAGUGACUUUCAAUAAGA